UUCAUCUCCCCAAAGAACUCUCAUGCUUACGUCAACGCCUCCUUCUGUGCCAAGGUGGGGGAGGGCUCAGUGAUAAAGGCCACGCCCACCAUCAUCUACAGCGGACUCACCAACAAACCAGUUUUAAUGACGGCUCUCUGUGAUUACUUGGUGGAUAAAGAUUUCUCUGAUCCGGCCACCCUUAAAGAUGCUGUGGACAUCCUGAGCAGUUUAGUCUUGCAGGACACACCUCUUUCUGCCUCGUCUGAGUACAGAAUGAGCCUGGCAACAACACUGUUCUACAAGUUCAUCGUUUGUAUCCUCCCAAAGCCGCUCCCCCCUUCCCUCCAGUCAGUGGUUGUCCCACCCACCAGAGCUGUGUCAAGAGGCAAACAGCUGUUUUCUAGUAUACCCUCCGAAUAUCCGAUAACACAACCGCUGACAAAACUGACCGCUAAGUUACAGGCGUCAGGUGAGGCCCAGUAUAUCAGUGACUGUCCUGUCCUACCCAAAGAACUAGCCGCUGCUUUCGUCCUAACCACUAUGGGCAAUGCUGAGAUAAUAUCAAUUGACUGCUCCACUGCUAAGAAACUGCCUGGCUUUGUCAAGAUGCUCACAUCAAAAGAUAUUCCCGGUGAUAACAACUUCAUGUCUGAUCGAGAUGCUGAGAUCCCUGAAGAAGUGUUUGCGGAGAAAAUAUCGCAAUAUGCUGGUCAACCUGUUGCUCUGGUACUUGCUGACACACAGGAGCAUGCUGAUAGGAUUGCUUGUGCUGUGGAGGUCACUCACAAGACUCUGGGGCCACCCAUACUCACUCUGGAGGAAGCCAUUCAGAGACAGUCUUUCUUCUCCAGUCCUCGCAGAACCGAGCGGAAAGUGGGAGACACUGAAGCUGCCAUGUCUGGUGCUGAUCACGUGAUCACGGGCAAAGUGGAACUCGGCUCUCAAUACCAUUACCACAUGGAGACACACACAGCCGUCGUUAUUCCGGAUGAGGGUGGGUUUAAAGUCCAAUCUGCCACUCAAUGGGUCGACAGAGUACAAGCCGCUGUUGCUAUGGUGAUGAACAUCCCAGCAAGCUCUGUAGAUGUAUCAGUGAAGAGGAUAGGAGGUGCUUACGGUGCCAAGACCACCCGUCCCAAUCUGGUAGCUGCAGCUUGUGCACUCGGUGCUUCAGUUACUGGGAGGCCAGUGCGUAUGUACAUGGAUCUUGAGACGAACAUGAAGGCCAUCGGGAAGAGAUUCCCGUACAUGGUUAGGUACAAACUAGGCAGCACUAAAGAAGGAGUCAUCACGGCUAUAGAUGUUGAGAUAUUUGCUGACUGCGGUGUUGCCCCUAAUGAGAAUGCUAUAUCUGUAGUGAGAGACUUCAUUGACAAUGCGUACUACGUUCCCAAUUGGAAGAUUGCUACACAGCCAUGCAAAACAAACACACCCGCCAACGUCUUCUGCAGGUCACCAGGUACUCUACCGAGUAUCUUUAUGAUGGAGACCAUGAUAGACCACCUCGCCACCUCAUUGGGCAUGGACGUCGAGGUUGUCAAGGUAGCCAAUCUAUACAAGAAUGGUCACAUGACUCUUGUCGGGAAGGAGCUGACUAACUGUAACAUGUCGAGAAUCUGGGAACAGCUGUACCAAUCUGCUGAAGUUGACAGAAGAAAGAAAGAGAUUUCUGAAUACAACAAGACGAGUCGGUGGUACAAGCGUGGACUGAACAUGAUGCCACUGAAGUACACUAUCAACUGGGCGGAGGCCACACCCUAUUACGUGACAGUCAACAUUUACGCUGAGGAUGGCACAGUGGCCAUAGCUCACGGUGGUGUGGAGAUGGGCCAGGGGAUAAACACCAAGGUAGCCCAGGUGGCAUCAAAGGUGUUGGGUGUUCCCUUGGAGAAGAUACGCAUCAAGCCUACGGACUCCAUGCUCAAUCCCAAUGGCAUAUGGAGUGGAGCCAGCACCACCAGUGAACUGAACUGUCUGGGGACCAUAAAUGCUUGCAAAGAGCUGAAUAGUCGCAUUGACAGUAUCAGAGAGCAGAUUCCCGGACUGGAAUGGGAGGACCUUAUACAGAUGGCCAGCAGUGCUGGGGUCAACCUAUCAGCAAGGGCAUUUGUGUCUGAAUCUUGUGACGGCAAGUUCAAUUACGUUUGCUGGGGUAGUACAGUAACGGAGGUGGGCGUGGACGUGCUGACGGGGGAGACGAGGGUGGAGAGGGUGGACAUCCUCUAUGACUGUGGGGACAGCCUGAACCCAGAGAUAGACAUUGGUCAAGUGGAGGGUGCGUUUGUGAUGGGUCUGGGCUACUGGCUCUCUGAGAAGAUUGUCUACAAUAAGGAGACAGGACAACUGCUAACUCACAACACUUGGGAGUACAAGCCCCCCUCUCACAAAGACAUCCCCAUUGAUUUUAGAGUUGAACUGCUCAAGGAUGCAACUAAUCCAUUCGGAGUGCUCGGAUCCAAAGCUGCUGGCGAGCCUCCUCAGUGUAUGAGCUGCUCCGCACUGUUUGCAGUCAAGAGAGCUAUUGAGAGUGCUCGAGCAGACGCUGGAAUCAGCACACAUUUCACACUAGAUGGACCUGCCACAGUGGAGAAUAUUCAACAAGCUUGUUUAACAUCAACAGAACAGUUGAGUAUAAUAAACUGACUGAUAUAGAGAAUGGUAUAUGCUAUAAUUAUAUUGCAGUUAAUGUAGCCUAAAUUUUAUAUAAUUAUUUUGUAAUUAAUGGUUGACUUGAAAUGUGUAUAAUAAUUAUUUAUAGCUAUAUACUGCUACAAUAAUUAUUAUAUCUAGCAAAUAGUAAUCCUUGAGAUAAAUCACUGAGAUCUCCAUGCAUGUUAUCCCACACUUGUCUUUAGCAUAAAGAAAUGUACCGGUAUGUGCUUUAUUUUGAGAUAAGGAUUAUCUAUAAGCUCUCUAAACAAAAUCUUGAGUUCUGACAUGAACAACAAUUUAGACUCAUAAUAACAGUUUUUGAUUGCGUAACCAUAAUCUUGUGUUGAAUGUCAUAUCCCAUUUCACUUACAGUUUAUUUUACGGUUUAUUUUACAGUUUAUUUUACAAGAUCUUCAUUUCCGUUUGUUUGUGUGAAAGACAAGUCAUCAGUUUUAUUUGCAAAAUUAUUGUUUGUUAUCACAGUUUAUUAUGCAAAAUCUUCAUUUCCGUUGGUUCGUGUGAAAGAAAAGUCAUCUCAUUUCA